AUGGCUGCCAAAGAACGGAUGGCGACGUUCCGUUUGUCGCGGCUCGCCCUCCCGCUCGUCGCCUUGUUCCUCGUCGUCCUCGCGACGCUGACGCCGCUCGCUGACACUCGCCCCACCCCCACUCUCACGGAUAAUCUUCUCGAUGAAGCUUCCACGAACUCACGAUCAUCACAGGACAUUCUCGGCAAUCCCGAUGUCGAUCCACGGUCUAGGUCACCCCCAGUGGAAAAAGAACCCGAAUCACCGGACGAAUCAGAUCUACCCGCCUCGCCGUCGCAUCCAAUCAGAUCUCUCGCGACUGUUGGACGCGAGCUGGAGCUGAGUCAGCACCGACCAAUCAGAUCUCUCGCGCGGAGCCCCGUGGACGCGGAAGAGGCGGAAGAAGACGCUGAGAUCCCCGCGGAUAUCCCGCCCGGAAGGGGCGGAAAAGGCUCCGCCGAUGCAGGGUUGGCGGAAGCAGCGGAGGACGCGGCGGAAGCGGCGGAAGCUGCGGGACUUGCGGAAGCGGAGAUAGAUCCGCCGCGGAAAACGGUCAAUAAGAAGAAAAGCGGUGUGGGUGGUCCCGGCAGGGGGGGAGAAGACGAAUUGGGGGAGGAAGCGGACGAGGAAGCUGGGGCGGAGGCGGAGGUUGGGGGGAAGAAGCGGAAGGGGGAUGUGACUGGGGAAGGGGCGACGAAAGGCGGGGCUACUGGGAAGGGGGCGGGAGUGGUGGGGGAAGAGGCGGAAGAAGCGGAAGCAGAGGAAGCAGCGGGAAAGGGUGGUUCAAGGAAAGGAGCAGCAGCAGCAGCAGCAGCAGCAGGUGCAGGGAAAGUGGGUGUUGGAGAGGAAGGGGGAGCAGGAGGCGGGUUGACAGGCACUAAGGGGGGAAGCACGCGCAAGACAGCAGCAGAGCGAGACACGGAGGCGAGGGGAGAGGCGGAAGGGGAGGGGCUGGGGGAGGGGCUGGCGCAGGGGCUGGGGAAGGGGAAGGGGAAAGGGGGAGGGGGUGUAGACGCGGAGGGGGAAGAGAAGGAGGUUGGUGAGCCGAUAGAGCAUGCAGCAUUGGGGGAUGAAGGGGAUGGGCUUGGGGAGGGCGCGGGGGGCAUUCCUGGAAAGGGUGCUGGGGCGAGAGGUGGGGAGGCUGCUGGGGGGUUGGGCGUGGAUGGGGGUGAGGAGGGAGGCCCGGAAGGGGGCGCAGAAGGGGCGGAAGGGGGAGCGGAAGGGGGUGCGGAAGGGGGCGCGGAAGAGGAGGAGGGAGCAGCGACAGUGGAUGAACAACCAUGGGCGGAGGGGCAGUCAAAGGAAAGGGCGGACGAGAGGGAGGCGGAAGGGGCGGGCGGAGACGUUGGGGGAGAGGGCACGUUUGGCGGAGAUAGGGGUGGUGCUGGUGCUGCCGAUGGUGGUGGUGCUGGUGGUGGGGAGAGAGAUAGCAGCAGCAAAACUGACAAAGCGCCCUCUUCUGGUAACCAGGUGACCACACCCGAAACCACCACUCCCUCCAGCAGCAGCAGCAGCACCACUGCCGCUGUCCUUCUGUCCAUCGAGCGAGCUCUCAUACAGCUCUUAAGGCCCCUGAUUCUCUCCACCAGGACGACCAUUUACCCCUUUGUCGGCGCCGCAAACGCGGAAACUUUCGCAGUUUACCUCGUGCUAGGGGCAUUUACCCUGGCAAUUCUGGGUUCCCUUGUCGGAAUCAUAGCCUGCUACUGCUGCUGCAGGGGCGGGGCGAGGCACGGGGAGGGUCCCACUUAUCAGAGCGUUGCUGGGGGAGAGGCGGAUACAGGGAGUGGGUUUGGAAGCAAGGGGGGCGGUGUCGGUGGGAGUAGGGGAUCGGAAGAGCACACGGCUGGAAGCAAGAAAGGAGCGGCAGGAGCGAGAGGGAAAGCAGGUGGUGGGGGUGCUGGUAAAACGGGAGCAGCUGCAGUUAAGAAGAAGCAGACGACGAGUAAGCUAGUGGUUGCCAAGGGAAAGAGCGGUGGAGGGGAGGAUGAUGAUGAUGGCUGGAACUUUGAUGAUAUGUAG